AUGGCCAGCAUAAAAGAAAAAGAUAAGUACAAAGAAAGCUACAACCCAUCUCCUCAAUUACCCAGAAUCCUCCCUGCAUCCCUGAGCCAAAAACCGAUCAAAACUGAGCCUAGCCCUUCCUCCUUUCCUAAAACUGAAUCUACAAUUACCCCUUACCCUGGUCUUUCUCCCAUUCCACUCGUCAAUCGUUACAGCCCCCUAGGAUCUACAUUAAGCCAAAUAAGACCUAAUUACCAGUCUGCAUUAACCUCUAGCUAUGAUCCCUUCCAAUUACCCCCAACUGCAACCCCUCUUUCCUCCCCUUCUUACCACCCUAAGACAUCUCCUUAUGUCUAUAAGAGUACAGCUAAUCUUUUUAUUAUUGAACCUCAUGUUCCUGUAUCUUUGAGCCCCAUCAUGAUUGCCCAAAACCAUUUUCCACCAGUGUAUCGAGAUUUUCCCCAAACUACAUUUCCUAAGCAUGAACCUGAGCCUACUUCUCCUCAUUCUUCCCAGACUACCCUCUCUGUUGAAGGUAUAUCUAAAACAGAAUUACAAGAUAUGGCCAAGCAACUUCUACUCCAAGCCUCCCAAAUGCAAGAUGAUGAAGACAAUGAGUCCCAAUCCUCCUCGAGCUGUCAACCUCGCCAACAGAGUCCGAGCCUUGAUCGCCCCAUGAGAUGGUCUGACUAUCCCCAUAGUCAAGACCCCAAUGAUGCAUACGCCACCUAUGAGCUCAAUUCAGACUGA